CAAGUUAAACUCAGAACGCCGAGUCCCAUGGGCAUGGAAGAAGGCUCAGCCUCCAGCGAUGGAGAGGUUCGACUGUCGUCCAUGGCCUCCGAUGGCAAGCAGCGAGGUGGCUGGAUCACGUUUCCUUUCAUCAUAGCAACCGUCGCGGGAUUAACGCUGGCGUCGGGAGGAUGGAUGUUCAACUUUAUAGUGUUCAUGAUUGGGGAAUUCAACGUGAAAAGCAUUGAUGCCGCUCAAAUCUGGAACGUUGUCAAUGGCUGCACUACCAUGUUCCCAAUCCUCGGAGCAAUUGUUGCCGACUCCUUUCUGGGAAGCUUCUCGGUCAUCUUGAUUUCUUCUGUCUUCUCUCUCCUGGGUAUAAUCCUUCUACUCAUCUGUUCCACAAUCGACUCCCUGAGGCCUCCACCAUGCGAUCCAAACGGACCCGCCUCCUGCAUCUCGCCAUCAAGACUCCAACUCUCAAUCCUGUAUCUAGCCAUAACCCUUGCCACGAUAGGCGUCGGAGGCACGCGCUUCACCCUCGGCUCAAUGGGUGCCGAUCAAUUCGACCACCCAAAACACCAAUGGAGCUUCUUCAACUGGUACAUGUUCACAAUGUACACCACAAUAGUGUUGAGCACCACGGCCGUUACCUACGUGGAAGACGACGUGAGCUGGGGGUGGGGGUUUGGCAUUUGUGUUGCAGCUAACGUAGCUGGGUUGGUUGUUUUUGUGGCGGGGAGCCGGUUUUACCGUCGUGUUAAGCCGAAGGGGAGCCCGUUUACAGGCUUGGCUCGGGUGGUUGUUGCGGCUUUUCGGAAGAGGAAUGUGGUGGUUUCCAACAAAAGUGAAGAUUAUUACUAUGGAGCAGAUGAUGGACAGGUAAAUGUGGUUGCUGCAACAGUACCUAGUGGUACUUUCAAGUUUCUGAACCAGGCAGCACUAAAAACAGAAGGAGAUAUCAAACUUGACGGCUCAAUUGCAAAAGUAUGGAGGCUAUGCACACUACAACAAGUAGAAGAUCUGAAAACCCUAAUCAAACUAUCCCCACUUUGGUCAACCGGCAUUUUGUUGAGCAUCCCUCUCGCGGUCCAAACCAGCUUAGCCACCCUCCAAGCCAUCACCAUGGACCGCCACCUUGGCCCCCACUUCAAAAUUCCACCAGGUUCAAUGUUAGUAUUCUUACCCAUCUCCACUACCCUCACCAUAAUCUUCCUAGACCAGUUCUUGUACCCCGCGUGGCAAAAGGUCAUCGGCUGGUUUCCCCCACCACUCCAACGGAUAGGAAUCGGCCACGUGUUAUGUGCCCUGAGCAUGGCGGUUUCAGCUGUGGUGGAAUCAAAUCGGUUAAAAAGGGCUCACAACGUUGGUGCAAAUUCAACUGUUCCUCUAUCGGCCUUAUGGCUAGUACCACAACUAGCCCUAGCCGGAAUAGGGGAGGCAUUUCAUUUUCCAGGAAAUGUUUCGUUGUUUUAUCAGGAAUUUCCGGUUGCACUGAAAAGUACGGCGACAGCAAUGGUGGCUAUGAUGCUAGCUCUAGCUUAUUACCUGAGCACGGCUGUGGUGGGGAUAGUCCAGAGAGAGACGAAUUGGUUGCCGGACAAUAUAAAUGAGGGGAGGAUGGAUAAAGUGUAUUGGGUGAUGUUUGGGCUUGGGGGGAUUAACUUUGUGUAUUACUUAGUAUGUGCUUGGUUUUACAAGUAUCAAGGUCUUGCCAAGGCAGCGGAGGGGAAUAAAGCUUGAUUCCUUAAAUGUAUUUGCUGGUUUGUAACAUUUAUCUGUCAAUAUUCAAUUUACGGUCUUUCUAUCGUCAGUCCACUACUGGAUUGACAAUAAAUACACAAGAAGGCAAAUAAAACAUGUAUUCUUGGGUACUUUUUUAUACUUUUUAAUACAUAUUCAUACACUUAUUAUUGUCAGCGUGUGAUCAUAUGUGAAUAUUCCAAUGGUGAUAUCAAA